UUCAGACGUUUAAUGAACACGUUAUAUUUUGUGAAGGCAAGGCGGAUCGAUCAUAACUACCACUAUUUAGGAAUUUCAGGACAGGAUCCAGAGCCAGCCUGCUCUUCCAAAGCUGCAGAUACUGUGACAUCUUGCACUGUAAGAGAAGUGUCUGAAAUGUGUACGAAAGACCUCGUGCACAGGCGAUUUCCAAUCACCACAUGGCUCCCACAGUAUAAUUUCUCUACUUUUGUUCAAGACAUGUUGGCAGGCUUGACUGUUGCACUGACCUUAAUUCCACAGUCAAUUGCAUAUGCUGAAAUUGCAGGUCUGCAGCCACAGUAUGGCCUCUAUUCAGCAUUUAUGAGUUGUUUCGUGUAUAUUUUUCUGGGCAGCUGCAAGGACAUUACCAUUGGUCCAACAGCCAUGAUGGGAAUCAUGACAAAUCCUUUUGUGGUUCAGAAUAAUAAUCCAGAUUUUGCAGUUCUACUGUGUUUCCUCGUGGGGUGUGUUAUGAUUUUGGUGGGAUUAUUAAGACUUGGUUUUCUGGUGGAGUUCAUAUCAUUUCCAGUCACAGCUGGGUUUAUAUCAGCUGCAGCCAUCACUAUUGCUUCAUCUCAACUCAAGAGCCUCCUGGGAAUUAAAGGAGAUGGACAUAGUUUCCUGGAGUCAUGGGAAAAUCUGUUUCAUCAUAUACAGGAUACCAAGCCUGGUGAUGUGACAUUGGGCAUCUGUACUGUAGUUCUUCUGCUGAUUGGACGGAAAUUGAAAGACUUUGUUGGAAGAUGCCAGAACUCUUCUUCAGUGCAAAAGCUCAUAGGAAAAAUGGUGUGGAUGGUUUCAAUAUCACGGAAUUCUAUUGUUGUCAUUAUUGGCAUGAUGCUGGCCUACAUUCUUGAAAGCAAGGGAUAUAAACCAUUUAAGCUAACAGGUGAGAUUGAAGAAGGGUUCCCACCAUUUGGACUUCCUCCAUUCAGCACAGUUUCACAUAACGCAACUCUCAGCUUCGAUGAUAUGGCAAGUAAAUUUGGUACCUCCCUCAUCAGCAUUCCUUUCAUCUCAUUCUUGGAGACUGUUGCCACAGCAAAGGCUUUUUCUAAGGGUAAAGCAGUGGAUGCCUCUCAGGAAUUGUUUGCACUGGGCUUUUCUAACGUCUUGAGCUCAUUUGUGCGGUCUUUUCCACUGGCUGGAUCAUUCUCUCGCACAGCUGUGAACAAUGGAUCAGGUGUGAAGACCCCUCUUGGUGGUCUCAUGACUGGUGUAAUGGUGUUAAUGGCACUGGGUCUUCUAACAUCAACGUUUGCAUACAUUCCAAAGGCAACACUUGCAGGCGUUAUCAUCAGUGCUGUCUUGUCUUUAGUUGAGUUUGAAAUGGUCCCUUUACUUUGGCGGACAAAACGGGUGGAUCUUAUUCCAAUGGCAGUCACAUUUGUAGCGUGCUUGGGAGUUGGACUUGACUGUGGUAUGCUUAUUGGCAUUGCUGUCAAUUUAAUGUUCAUACUGUACAAUUCAGCCCGUCCAAAAGUCAAAGUCCGCAGUCUGACUAUUGAAACAGAGGAAGUGCUCUUGGUGACCCCAGAACAAGGUCUCGUGUUUCCUGCAGCAGAGUAUAUCCGCGAUGUGGUGUUCAGAUACUGCCUCACAAAAGAAAGCAAUGUGAUAGUUGUUCUUGAAGGAACAAAUGUCCAUCAUAUAGAUUCUACAGUUGCAAAGAACAUGACAUUGCUUGUGGAGGACCUGAAUAUCAGGAAGCAGAAGAUUGUAUUCUGGAACUGGAAACAUAGUGCAGAGGUCGUGUGUCGUGGUAUAGAUGCCAAAAUGUCAAAAUAUUUCAGUUAUGAAGACAAUCUGGAGUGUUUGCUGCAAGACAUGGUUGCUGAAAAUUUGCUUAGUGGUACAGACAAGAACACAAAUGGAAUAGAGAAGACACCCUUAAAUAAUGAAUCUAGUGUGUGACAUAGUACAUGACUUCAUGGGAAAUUAGAAUAAGAUUUAAGGGAAGGAUGCUACUGCGCUGCUGAAAAUAAUACAAGAUUAAUAGUUAUUUAUGUCAUGGGAAUCUAAACAUCCUCCCAAAUCUUUUCCAUAAAAUCAUUCACAUUUCCUACAUUGACUCUACAUAGGCCUAAAUCAUGCAGUUGAAAAGCAUCAUUAAAUAAGUUAAGAUGCAAGUAACAAACUAGACACUGAAUAUGUACUAACUUUUACUGCUGAAUAGAUAGGUUCAAUUCCCUGUACAUGGGAAUAUCAAUUGUACUAAUUAUUAUUGAUUCAGCAUAUUAAUUUGCAACAGAGCAUGAAAAUAUGAAACUUCGGUGACCAACGACCCUUUCACAGAAAAUAAAGUGCACAUAAUUUUUCAAAUUAAGAAUCAUUACAUGUAUGAUAUAAGUGAAUAUUAUAAAAUGAAAAUAAAUGGCAUCCUUGGGCCUUUGAGCCUGGUCACAUUAGCUGAAACAACAGCCACACAAUUACAAAUCCCUCGGAAGUAUUCACAACAAUCUGACAAAGGUACUAUUAAUAUAGGGUGACAGGCAUGAAUCGCUAUGUACUUUCAGUCUUGUCCAGCAUCAGUAGAACCAAACAAAAUAUAAACUAAAAGUUUGUGAUGGUGGUAUAUUAAUAAAAUUAUUGUGUUUUGGGACAUUAUUUGUGGUUCUGUCCUUUUUAUUUAAAACGUUUCAGAGACUGUAUUGGAUCAUCUUUCUUGAUGGGGCCCAAGUGAGUGGCCUUUUACCUGAGGACGGAGACAAAAAACAAAUGAUGGAUAAUGUUCAAAAACACAAUAAU